AUGCACCGACGCAACUCGGGGAAGAUGUCAAGUUUGAGGGAAGUUAUGAAUAAACUGUACAGCUCCGAGGCCAUGGAGUGGAACGCAAACGAGAAAGACUUCGUCGUGGCUGGGAUGAUUAUGAACAAGGGCUCAGCUGCUUUAAUGAUGACACAGACCCAAACACUUUGGAGAGAUACACGCGCCUCAGAUUGCUCUGCACAAGACCAUGUUGCUGUCUCUGGCUCAGCUGGGGGGAGAGCAGUGCUGCCCUGUUCUUACACCCCCACCCGUGGGCAGGAUGUAGCAGUCACAUGGUAUGCAUAUCCAGAUAAGAGUUCAGUUCUAUUAAUCUACUCAGAGCCCCCCUCAGCACCCAUCCCUGCGCAGUGGAGCGGCCGAGUGAAACUGUCUGAUGAAGUCUCCUCUGGAAACGCCUCUCUGCUAAUCUCUGAGCUCACACUGGAGGACACUCGGGAUUACACGUGUACAGUGAGGAUCAAUGGGAAAUAUGUCACUUACAGGAAUGUUAAACUGACAGUUCAAGAACCUCCAAAGAGAGAUUCAACUACUUCAGGAACAACAACGACCACAACCCAGACAACUAGACCAUCAGCAACCCCGACAACUAGACCAUCAGCAACUCCGACAACUAGACCAUCAGCAACUCCGACAACUAGACCAUCAGCAACUCCCGCUAUCCUCUCUGCAGUAGCCGUCUCUGCUGUCAUCGGCAUCAUAGGUGCUGCAGUCUUUGCCAUUUUAAAGUACAAAAGGAGAGCAGCGAAUGCUAAUGGAAAUAACCAGAAUGCUGGAGAUCAGAAUGCGAGCUCAGACUUGGUUUCCUACACUGUAAUCGAUCACACAAGACAGCCGGGAGGAGCCCCAGUCCGGUCAGGGGUCAGUGCUGUGGACAAUACGGAGUACGCCACUGUCCAGAUCCACUGAUAGGACACUUCUCACCCAGCCACCAGGGAUACAAGAGAGCUUCAAAAACAAGAUGAACCAAGGACUUGACUAACAUUGAUUUACUGCAGCGCUUCAAUGAAUCAUACCAACUCUGAUGAGAACAAUAAACACAGCUAGCCACUAACAAGCAACUACCUGACAUUCUUAAUUCAAUCUUAACCGUUUCACUGCCACUGCUAAUAGUCCACACCAGUCCCAAGCUGAGCUCCUGCAGGUAGUGUGAUCCCAGCCUCAAAGAGAAGCCAGUCCUCCUCAUUGCAGUGUUCAUCCACAUUGUUAACGAGAGCCUUUACAGCAGGAGAUCGCUCACCAGCAGAGAUGCGUCAUGAAAGAGGCCCCAAGGGGCUCUUGCUUCAUGACUGCAAGCCCUUGAAUGUAUGCGCGUGUAGG